GACAGCGCUCGUCCUCGAGUGUGAGCGGAGUGAUUUGUCGCUGUGGCUUCGGGAGGAGCGAGCGGACCGACUGCCUGGAAGAAACGGGAACGUUGGAGACGGAGACGGAGCGAGCGAGUCCGAGAGACGGCGAAGGAGCCUGAAAGGGAAAAGGACCCCCGGAGGCUGCGAGCAUGGCGGUCGAAGAGGAAGGUCUCCGAGUUUUCCAGAGCGUGAAAAUAAAGAUAGGAGAAGCCAAGAAUAUCCCUCCAUACCCAGGGCCCAACAAAAUGAGGGACUGCUACUGCACAGUUAACCUGGACCAGGAGGAGGUCUUCAGGACUAAAAUCAUUGAGAAGUCUUUAUGCCCGUUUUACGGAGAGGACUUCUAUUGCGAAAUCCCGCGCAACUUCCGCCACCUCUCCUUCUACAUCUUCGACAGGGACGUCUUCCGGAGGGACUCCAGCAUUGGCAAAGUAGCAGUGAAGAAGGAGGAUUUGCAGAAGUAUCAUGGCAAAGACACCUGGUUUCAGCUGCAGCCUGUCAGUGCAGACUCAGAGGUGCAGGGAAAGGUUCACCUGGAACUGCGCCUGAGUGAGGUCAUCACAGACAGCGGCGUCGUCUGCCACAAGCUGGCAACCCGAGUGUUGGAGUGCCAAGGCCUACCCAUCGUUAAUGGACAGUGUGACCCCUAUGCUGCAGUCUCCUUAUUGGGGCCAUCCAGGUCAGAAGCCAAAAAGACCAAGGUCAAGCGGAAAACCAACAACCCUCAGUUUGAUGAAGUCUUCUAUUUUGAGAUCACCAGACAACUCAGCUACACCAAACGACAGUUUGAUGUGGAGGAGGAGGAUGUGGACAAGCUAGCUCUCAGGGUGGACCUCUGGAAUGCCAGUAAUCUGAAGUUCGGGGACGAGUUUUUAGGAGGUGUACGGGUGCCACUGAAGGUUUUGGGUCAGGCGGGUGUUCAUGAUGCAUGGUACUUCCUGCAGCCAAGGGAAAACGGUAAUAAGUCAGUGAAGGCUGAUGAACUGGGCUCUUUAAGACUCAACAUCGUUUACACAGAAGACCACGUCUUCCCCUCAGAGCGCUACAGCCCCCUCACUGACCUGCUACUGCAGUCCGCACAAGUGGAGCCUGUCUCGGCGUCAGCAGCCCACAUCCUGGGAGAGGUGUGUCGGGAGAAGCAGGAGGCAGCCGUCCCACUGGUGCGCCUCUUUCUGCACUAUGGCAAAAUCGUGCCUUUCGUCAGUGCAAUCGCCCAUGCAGAGAUAAACCGCACACAGGACCCCAAUACGAUAUUCCGAGGCAAUUCACUAACGUCGAAAUGCAUCGACGAGACCAUGAAGCUAGCAGGAAUGCACUAUCUACAGGUCACUCUCAAACCUAUUAUUGAUGAGAUCUGCACUGAACACAAGUCGUGUGAAAUUGACCCAGUUAAACUGAAGGAAUCAGAGAAUCUGGAAACCAACAGGGAAAACUUGCGGCAGUACGUAGAUCGCAUCUUCAACGUCAUCACCACCUCUGGCGUCAGAUGCCCCACUGUCAUGUGCGACAUCUUCUUCUCCCUCCGAGAGUCCGCCGCCAGCCGUUUCCAAGUGGACCAGGACGUGAGGUACACAGCAGUCAGUAGUUUUAUUUUUCUGCGUUUCUUCGCCCCAGCGAUCCUGUCACCAAACCUUUUUCAGCUUAGACCGCACCAUCCGGAUCCUUGCACAUCACGGACCCUCACGCUCAUCUCCAAAACUAUCCAAACGCUCGGAAGUCUUGCCAAGUCCAAAUCAGCCAACUUUAAAGAGUCUUACAUGGCUGCGUUUUACGACUACUUCAACGAGCAGAAGUAUGCAGAUGCUGUGAAAAACUUUCUGGACCUGAUUUCAUCCUCUGGGAGGUGGGACCAGAAGAGCAUUGAGACACCGAUCAUGUUGAAAGAAGGGAGCGUUAAACUCAAUAUUAAGAGGGUUGAUGGAAAGGGUUCCUGCAGAUUUAUGAUCAAAAGAGCGCAAGGGAGGAAUCGCUUUGGCAUGAAAAACUUUAAGAAGAGGUGGUUCCGUCUCACCAACCAUGAGUUCACCUACCACAAAACGAAAGGUAACUCAAAAGGUGAAGGUGCCCUGUGUAGAAUUCCUAUUGAGAAUAUCCUGGCUGUGGAGAGAUUAGAGGAGGAGUCUUUCAAGAUGAAGAACAUGUUUCAGGUCAUACAGCCAGAGAGAGCACUCUACAUCCAGGCCAACAACUGCGUGGAGGCGCGUGACUGGAUUGAUAUCCUCACCAAGGUCAGCCAGUGCAACCGCAAGCGCCUGAGCACCUACCAUCCCUCUGCCUACCUCAACGGCCACUGGUUGUGCUGCAAGCAGUCCAUCGACUCGGCCCCCGGCUGUACACCCUGCACUGGUGGCCUGCCUGCCAACAUCCAGCUGGACAUAGAUGGUGAUCGAGAAACAGAGCGAAUCUACUCUCUCUUCAGUACCUACAUGUCCAAGCUAGUUAAAAUGCAAGAGGCAUGCGGCAGUAAGUCUGUUUAUGACGGACCCGAGCAGGAGGAGUACUCUACCUUCGUCAUAGAUGACCCUCAAGAGACCUACAAGACCCUGAAGCAGAUCGUCUCUGCUGUGCAGACACUGGAGCAGCAGCACGCACAGUACAAGCGCGACAAGUUCAGGAAGACCAAGUAUGGUAGCCAGGAGCAUCCAAUCGGUGACAAGAGCUUCCAGUGCUACAUCCGCCAACAAUCGGAGAGCUCCACCUACUCAAUCUGACCACGUUGCCCAUUGCCACGAUGCCCUUCUCGUGAACACCACGGCAGUGAUCGUACAUCAGAGGAACAAUCAGUCGUGAUUGAGGGAAUGAAAUGGAGAAGCGAGAGUGAGAUUACUCGUGGAAGAGUCUCACACAAAGCUAUACCUUUUUGUAUGAUGUACAAACCCAAUCAACAGCUUUUCCACUGAACUCUGUGUCAGCGGCCAUGCACUUUAAUCGUCACACCUACCCUGUCGACGAUGUAGCUCUGCCUCAUGGCAUGUUUUAAAAUUUGAAAUGCAAUUUUUUUUUAAAGAAAUGGAAAAAACGAAGGAAAAAAAAUACAGAUUCACCAAUGUGGGACUGUUUUUGGUCUUGCGUAUUUUUUUGUCCCUUCUAAAUCUUCAGGACCAAACUGUAGGCCUGUGACUCUAGUGCUUUUCUUUUGGCAGCAAGAAACUCAUUAGUGCAUGCCUAUUAAUGACAGCCUUGCAGCCCAGUUUGAAAAAAUUUAGAAACUGCUGACUAGAAGUUUGAGAUUCAGCUGAAGGGUACACAUUCUUCAUUUUCCAGUGAAGCCGCAUCUGUUAUUAAAGUUGAUGCUUUUUACCUGGGUGAUAAAAGUAUAGCCAGAGGAUAUCCCCCUUCAAGAAGUGCCCAAGUCAAAAUGUGUAGAGGCUUAAUUAUUCUGAAUUGGGAUGUUGACUGGAUUGGAUUUGUGUUUCAGAGGACCUAUGUGAAGCAGAUGUUAACGGUAACCAUUGUUUUGUUAUCCUUAUAAUGACAUUGUCUAAGAUGUGCGGUCUCAGAUCAAUUGUCAUUAUGAGAGGUUUUUUGCCAUUUUGUGGAAUCAGAAGUGUUUUCUUUGUUUUUGCCUACCUUUCCCUUGUUUAGACGUGUUGCAGUAUUGAUCCAUCCUUUUGUGAACAUUCCUUAACAUCCCCCAAGCAUGUAACCGGUCAGCCAAAAACAAUACCAACUGAAGGAGUAUAGCAUUGUAGUUAAUGUGGGAGAAUUGCGCUGUUUUCCCCCAAAUAUUUGGUUUAAUUCAUUCUGUUGUCGAUUGUGAAUCACUCAGAGUUGUUUGCAUUGUAAAGAAACUUGCUGAUUCAGAUUUCUAUACAGUGGUGGUGAUAGGAGCCAGGAGUCGUGAUGUCUGCAAUGCAAAUAAAACCAUUUUAUUCACUGUCCAAUGUGGCCAGUGAACCUUCACAAGUCUCAGUUUUUACAUGUAACGUUGGCAUGUGUAAACAUCAAGCAAUGCAGUCAUAACCAUUUUAUGUUAUAGCUUUGUGUUAGGAAGCAUUUAAAAAUAAACGCUUCAGACGUCUGGUUCCUAUCACCACUACUGUGAACAAUUCUGACUCUGUAGAACAGAGGAUUUCACAUCGAACCACUCUGAAUGACAAUGUACAUGUUCUGAAAAAAUGCAGAAAUUCAAAGCCAAACAUUUUGUGCUCCUGAACUGAACGAUCUGUAGGGCUUAUAAAACCCAAACUGGUGUGCAUUAGCGACCCUUUUGAAAACAGAUACCAGACUGCCAGUUACACCAAUGCCAGACAUUUGUGGUGUUUUGUACUUUUUGUUGAAUUUUAUGUACUGUAAGUAAUGCAUUUUCUAUCUGUGUCUUGUACUGAGAACUAUUGCCCUUUGAGAUGCAGGUUUCAGAACCUGUUUGUGUGCAUUUGUGUGUGUAUGACUGAAAACCCAAGCAAGCAUGUAUGAAGGAGUGACUGUGUUGGUUGAGAGGAAUCGAUUAAGUGUAAACGACCAAUUUCUCUUUUGAAGAAUUCUCAACUUUUCAACACGGAUGUUCAUGUUUCUGUUCUCCAUUUUCACAAGUGUUCUCCCGGCAUUUCAUUUAAUAUGUUUGUGACAUUAUGAGUGUUUUUCUUUAUGUGAGAUUCUGAAUUGUAUUGAUGACCCUGAUUCCCUCCCUAUAAUUCAUUCAGUAAUGCAUGUUUUAGUGUGACUAUAUGGUUUGAAUAGAAACCAGAUGACCCUCUGCUAUCCACUCCAAAAAGUUCAGUAUUUAUUUUUGUAUCACAAUAUAACAUUUUGUGGAUGAAAUUAUUUGAUUACAAAAGUUCAACUGUACGUUCUGCAGACGCGCAGGAUAAACAACGCAAUAAUUUUAUGAUCAGUUAUUUUACCAAUAUCUGAUACAAAUUAUAAUUGAUAACUCAUAGUCCAGCUUCAAAUCAAUGUUUUUCUUCAAAGUGAAAACCUUAAAAAGGGAGAACAGUGUAUUUUAUAUAAGUAUAUAAAGAGUAUUAUUAAGUCUGUGAUGUGUACAGGUCAAAUGUGGAACGAGUGAUGAAAAUAUGGAUGCACAAGUUUUUUUUUGUCCAAAUGAAGGCAAUAGCAAUGAAA